UCGCCCAGCUGUUCGUCGUCUAACAACAAUCUCAGCAGCACGAACUGGAUAAUCUAUUUUCGUGUUGAAACAAUAACGUAGAAACCGUGUUACAGUCGCAGGCCCUUUGUUAAAACAAUCAGGAAUUGUUUAAACACGGAUAAACUAAGAAUUUGCUGCUGCGCACACAACUUUUUUUACAUUUAUAUUGGUGGAUAGAAAAAGUGAUUGCGAAAUACGACCAGCCUUCUGCAUUUGAAAACUCUAAAAGUUCGAGAGGCAGGCGCCAUACCGCUAGAACCGCUUAUGGCGGAGUCAGUUGAAGAACGUUCGGAAGACCUUUGAAGUACAUCCUCAGCCAGUAUUCGGAUCCCUGCCAGAAACGGAAACCUCAACAUGUUUUGACCUCGCACACCCAACAGCCGGAGCGCCUGUGGCUCUUCUUUAUCUCCUCGUCACCUGUUUCAGUGAAUAAGCACAUUCACCCACAACAAAGCACAUCAAACGCAUCUACAUUCGCCUAUCAUGUCCUUCUCCGACUUUGACGCCAUUUACGAGGAUGACCAGCUUGAGGAGCUUGAGCACUUUCAGGAUCAGACAGUGGCGCCGGUCCCGGAGCCCAUCAUUAUUCGCGGCGCUGGUAACAUGACCGUCUUUGGCCUGAGCAAUCGCUUCAACUCUGAGUUCCCCUGUGGCCUGCUAUCUCGCGUGGCUCCGGAGGAGUUUAAGGCUACGGUGGGUCGCAUCAAUGGAGUCCUGAAGAAAUCCCUGCCCGUCAACGUGAAAUGGCUAUUUUGCGGCUGCGUCUGCUGCUGCUGCACCCUCGGCUGUUCCCUCUGGCCCGUCAUCUGCCUCAGCAAACGCACGCAACUCACGUUGGACAAGCUGUUCGAAUGGGAGAAUAAUCAUUUAUAUCAUAAGCUGGGCCUGCACUGGCGACUGCAUAAGCAACAAUGUGAUUCCAAUUCCAUGAUGGAGUAUGUUAUUUUAAUUGAAUUUAUACCCAAAACGCCUAUUUAUCGGCCCGACUAAAUAGUGGGAUAAAGCCUGUAAAACGGGCAGGGGUACGGGCACGGUAACGCGGGGUCGUAAUGGUAAUUGUAAAAUAAACACUAGCUGCUAACACUUUGCUUUAGGCGUUUACCGAACACACUAACCCAUAGAUAUGCAGGCAAACUACACAAUGAGCAUUAACCAGUUUAGUGAACUCACAGAUUGUCUUUUUAAGCUAAAAAUAUUUAAUAUUUAGUUAAAAACAAAUUUUCCGAAAAAUCGUAGCCAGUAAGAUUGAUUGAUUUCUUGUAAUUGUAAUUGUAGGGCGCUUUAAUUUCCCUAAUUUCGUUUAGUUUUAAAUCCUAAUUUGUUUUUUAAACUAAUGCAAUAUUAAAUAAAUUUCUUGUUAGGAAAUUCGAAA